UUAGUCAUCUGUCAGAGUCUGUCUGUCUGUCAAUAUUUGACGUUUAUUGUCAAAAAGUUUUGAUGAAAGUUUACAGCCGAGUUUUGUACACAGUUCAUUGUUUUAACCGUAUUUCCUGCCAAAACUCUACACCAUGUCAGUUACUAAAUUACAGGACGAUAUAAACAACAUUCCAUUGGCAGAUGAUGACCCCCAAGUAAUAAUCAACGAUGAACCAGAACAAAACUCAAUGUCUGAAGGCAACUCUUCCAGUAUGAUCCACGGAAGAAGCAUGGACUCGAUUCAGUCGACAUUCACAAACGGCAGUUCGAGCCCCCAACACAACAGUCUGGAGCCGGACUCAAGCCCCGACGAACAGGAAGAGAAGGCACGCUUAAUAUGUCAAGUACUGGAACUCCAAAAUACUCUAGACGAUUUGUCACAAAGGGUCGACAGUGUUAAGGAAGAGAAUCUGAAGCUAAGAUCUGAGAACCAGGUGCUCGGUCAGUAUAUAGAGAAUCUCAUGUCCGCUUCUAGUGUGUUCCAGUCAACUUCGCCAAAGAUUAAGAAGAAAUAAAUUCUAGGUUUUCGAUAAAAAUUAUUCCAAAGAUUUGCAUAUUUUAUUAAUAUUUAAAAUGUGUUGUUGAGACCAAAACAGCACAGUGCUUAAUUUAAUGGAUGCACUCUACACUAUGUUAAUUGUUCUUUUAUGCCUGUGAUUUAUUUUAUAUUAAGUGACUGUUCUAUUGAAUUUUCAUUUUGACGAUUAACAUAAGCCAUAGAAUUAUGAUAUAUUAAUGUUAAAUGGUUGCAAUUUAUACAAUUAUAUUAUUAUAAAUAUGCUUUGCCAUAAAUAAAAAUGCUAAGUAUUUAAAAA